UAGGGCGGGUCAUGACUUCGCCAUCCUAGGAAACGCAAAAUUGCGUCCGACAAGUAGGGGAAGGAAGAUGGCGGCGAUUGAUGGACUGGGGCUGCUGUUGUGCUUUUAAAACGAAAAAAAACAAACAGUUGAUGAUUUCUUUUAACGGUUGAUUAAAUGUAAUGCGAGACGGUGGCUUUGAUCUGAGACUGCAGAUUAUCGGACUACAGGCGUACUCCUGGGUUCCAUUUUCCUUUCACCGCCUUGCCCGUCGCUACCAACCUCCAGGACCCGCUGUCUGACUUCUGCACCCCGAGCGUUCCUGGCCCAUGGACUUGACUCCGGCAUCAGGCUUCAGAAGGAGGCCUGCUGCCUCCUCCUCCCCAAGCGGAGUUAGAGAGAUUGCCAGGAGCCCUCCUCCCUGCUCGCCCUCCUUGUCCCUGUCCUCUCCUUCAUCUGCUCCGUCAUCGCCCCUGUCUACAUCCUCCUCCGUCUGCGUCAACCUGUCCGUUGUUCCGAACCAUGUGAAAGGUCUGACCCAGGGGACAGAGGUGGCCAGGGUGUCCGCCACUUCUGCCUCUCCAGCAACGCAGUCUCUCUCCACGCCUACGUCCAACGCCACCUCCUCCAAAUCCUUUCCUCGCCCCUCAGCGCAGCCACGUGUUGAUUGUGAAGAGGAGGGCAGGGAAAGGGAGAUGUAUGAUCCUUUCCAUCCAACUGAGGGAGUGAAGGGGGAGGAGGGGGAAGGGGAGAAAUAUGACCCCUUUGACCCCACUGGUUCCCCAGCAUCAGACCCCGAUGACGGUAGUGGCAGAGGGAGGGGGGCGAAGAGAAAUGCUGAGAGGGGCAAUGACGAGGAGAAAGAGGAAGAACCUCCAGACUCCACUGACGCCUUGACUGACUUGCCAAGCCCCUGUCGGGCCACCCAGCUCUCUCUUAGGAGGACAGUGGACUGUAGCAGCACCAAAGCUGGGGGGCAGAGGGACCGGGAUGACUCUGAUCACUCUGAGAUAGAGGAGGGGGAGAUAGUCGGGGCUGCUGAAAGAGAUGGCGGCAAUAAGAGAUCUGCCGGAGAAAUCCUCUCGCUGAAUUCUCCCAGCGUCUCCUUCUUCGGUUCCAAGCCGGAGCGCAUCCUGCGGGUGCUGGACGGGGACGGCUUUGUGUCGGUGCGCGCCGAGAGCACCUGGGAGGCGGACAGAGAGCCGGAGGACGAGCCCGUGGUAGGAGUGGAGGAUCUGAGGAGGAAGCUGGUCAGCAGACGAAAGGAAAGAUACCUCUCCUUUCCUGCUUCUUCCCCCCUCUCUCCUCAGCCGGCGCCCCCUCCCUCCCAUCCUCCAGCCUCUGCACCCUCCUCCCCUCCCGCGCCUCCGGCAGAGCAAGGCAGCAAGAGCCGCAGCAAGUCCUCCAAGAGCUCCAAGGACUGCAACCGACAGAAAAGCAAGGAUAAGAACGGAGAGAAGGAGGAGAGAAGAAAAAAGAGCAAUAAGGACAAAGAGGGAGGUCGGGAGAGGAGCAAAGAAAAGGAGCGAGGGCACAAGGCGGGGAAGGAGGUCAAAGGAAGGCGGAGCAGCAGGAGCAGUAGCCGGAAGAGGAAGAAAAGACAGCACAGCAGCCCCGAGGCUUCAAGAUCCUGCAACUCUUCGGGAAGAGGGGGCCACACUAGGCACUCCUUUUCAAGCCUAUCUGAAGAACGACACCGGGAGAAAGAGAGAGACAAAGACAGAGAGAGGGAUAGAGACAGAGGGAGAGAGAGAGAGAGAGACAGGGACAGAGACAGAGAGCAGAAUCGGACCAGUAGCCAUAGAAGAGACGAAAGAGACCGAGAUUCUAGCUCCAAAAAGGAGGAGCGGGAAAGUAAGGGAAGCCAACAUUCAAGCAGCAGAGAGCGGGGCGUUUCAAAGAGGUCCAAAAGAAGCCGGGAGAAGCGGGAAGGGGACCGAGACAGGCAGCGCGGGAGGGAACUGCGUUGGGACGGCCGCCCCGUUGUCCCGCCAUCCAUCCAAGACCUCAACGGGUCUGACCUCUUUGCCAUCAAGAGAACCAUCACGGUCACCACCACCACGACCACCACCACUGUCCCCGGCUCCCCGAGACUCACCCCCACCUCUCCCUGUCGGCCCGCACAGGACUCAGACAAGCCCCACAAGAGGAAGAAGAAGAGGAAAUGGCACUCGGCUGGAGAGAUGGAGGACCAGGGAAGUUGUCGCAGCCAAUCGCAGUCGCUCUCGCCACCAAGGUAUCACAGCUACGAAUCGGACCGCUAUUCCGACAAGUUGGAGAUCGACGUGUUGUCUUUGGACGGGGAGGCUUUGGACUCGGACUACCCCUCUUUGGAGGAUACGCCCCCUGCUGCCCUGCCCCCGGAACCACCCGCGCCCAGCCCCAAAACGAAAACUACCCCCAAGGCUGGACGACAUCACCCGAAAAAGAAAUCUGACUCACUGAAGAAGAUUGGCCAAUCUGAAUCCUCGUCCUCCUCCUCCUCCAAUAGAACCAAAAGCAAAUGCCUCUCCUCACUGACCGUAACUUCCGGCUCCGCCUCAUCUGGCCUCCCCUCAGCAAAGCGAGCCAGGAAAUUGGGAAAGGACAAAGACCGGGACAAAGGCAGCAGGAAGGAUUUGGGUCACUCUAGCAAAUCCAAGAAAGAGAGCAGCGGCAGUCGGAAAGGCAAGCUUCAGUCGAAGGUGUCCGUGCUGGUGCGCGAGGGCGUGAGCAGCACCACGGGGGCUUCCGUUGGCUCUGGAAAGCUGGGCAUGGACCUCCUAGGGCCAGGAGGUACAGGCGGGGGCGCUGGGGGCUCUGUGGUCGGUGGCUCAAUUGCGGUAGUCUUCUGCAGGGACAAUGAGAGCAGGUCUCCAUUCCUCAAGCCUUGCUCGGAGCCGCUGUCACUGGGCAACCGCAGUAAAGACCUGAGCAGCAUGGGAAAGCGGAGCAGCCUGGCUGCGCCGCCGUCCUCCUUAACCCGUCCCGCAGGGCUGAAAUCCAAGAAAACCAAACCAAGCUCCAUCACGUCCACCUCCUCCUCUGCCUCCUCGCCCUCGUCAUCUCUGGCGACCAAGCGCCGCCGCCGCCUGGCCAAGAAGACCAGAGAAAAAGGCGGAGCCGUAGGGUUGGCGGCCGGAGAAGGCACCCAAACAAAAGCCCCGUCUGAGGGCUGGGGGGCAGGCUCCUUAGAUUCUCAGUCAGCCAUGGGAGAUGGGAGCAAGUCAGUCAGUCCACACACUAGCCAAGCUGGCCCUGCGCCCUGUUCGUCCUCCUCUUCUUCUUCCUCCUCCUCCUCCACCAGUGUGCUCCCCCCCUCCUCCUCCCCGCCCCACACGCCUCCACCCUCUAUGGCUCCUUUGCGGGACACCAGGGAGUCUUCGCCAGACUCUCAGACUGUGGACAGUAGCUGUAAGACUCCGGACCCUUCUUUCCUAGCCGAGGACUGUCCCACCAGCCCCACGCUCCCGGCGUCCAGUCCGUCCGGUCUGUCCACCCCCCACGGAGCUGGCCUGGGCAUUGCCUUGUCCACCCCCACCGCCAAGCUCCCUCCUCCAGAUGAUGCCCCCAAAUCCCUGGCCUCGCCUCCUUGCUCAUCCUCUUCGGCAGGCUGUGGUCUCUCGUCCCUCUCUCUGCCUCUGUCGUCGUCGGACCCCUCCUCCUCUGUGUCCUCCUCGUCUGCCAGUAAGCCUCCUCCUCCUCCCCCCCCAGCAGCGCCUGCCCUCCCCUGGAGUCUGCAGACCGGAGUGGACUGCACCACUGGAGGAGUCCUAGCGUUGACUGCUCUGCUCUUCAAAAUGGAGGAGGCCAAUCUCGCCAGCCGAGCCAAAGCACAAGAGUUCAUCCAAGCAACCAGCCAGAUCCUCUCCCAGGCCAAUCAGAGCCAGUCCCAGCAGCUGGCUCCUCCUUCCUCAGCCUCUUCCUCCCAGAUCCCGCCCCCUCCCUCUCUGCCUCCGCCUCCUGGUAUGAGCCCAGCCCAGUUCAUCCUCCACAGCUCCCUCCCAUUAGUUGGCUGCACCAAAACUCCCCCCUCUCUCCUGCACCCCUCUAAAGGUGUUGGAUGUGCACAGACCCCUCCCUCCAUUAUGCCUGUGGGGCUUUCAGGAGUUACUGGGAGCUCUGGUGACACUGGAUGGGACAACGAGAGCAAAGACCCUGACAAGUACCUGAAGAAGCUGCACACCCAGGAGCGGGCGGUGGAGGAGGUGAAGCUCGCCAUCAAACCGUACUAUCAACGCAAAGACAUCAACAAGGACGACUACAAAGACAUCCUCAGGAAGGCAGUGCAUAAGAUCUGCCAUAGCCGCACUGGGGAAAUCAACCCGGUCAAAGUCAGCAACCUUGUGAAGCUGUACGUCCAGCGCUACAAAUACUUCCGGAAACACGGACGCAAAAUGGAUGACGAAGAGAGGGAUGACAGGGAGCAAGAAGCGCUGCAUUCCUCCGCCUGAGAGGAAGACCACCUUCUGCUCAACAUCUGAGCCAUCCACUGAUUGUUUUUGUCUCAUUUUUUUUAUUGUUUUCAUAGCCCGCCUUAUCUAUGCUUUUAUUUGAUCUUAUGGAACCCUCUCCCUUUAUCUCUUUGAUUUCCCUGUAAAUAUGUCUCACAUAGAAGAUGUAUCAUGUAUACAAUGUUCAGGAAGUGGAUGCUAUCAUGCACACCUGUGUGAUCUAAUAUAGUCCAGUACACCUACCCUGCAAUAAAUACUGCCUUUGGAAAGCUUAGAGUUUUUAGAUUUUGUUGACUGUCCGUUCAAAGCUCCGCAACGGGGGGCACUGAUUGCAGGGUUUUUAAUUGUGUCUCUAGCAUCGGAUUAGGUGUUCAUGCUACUUUUGUCUACCCCAUCACUGUGUAUCAAAACCCAAGCCGAGGGGAGACGUCAGACCCAGUUACAAACGCCAAAAUAUGCUAACAAUAGCGUAAGGACACUACAGGCCAUGUCCCUCCCUCCCUCCCCAUGUCUCUCUGUCUUUGCAGACACAACGAUCUUUCAAAUACAUUGACACAUCUCACUUCUUUUGAUUCUGCUGUCUGUUUUUGUGUGCAUGUGUAUCUGAGGUUGAGAAUGUUGCUAAAUCUCUUUAUAAAAUGACUUGACCAACAAAAUAUAAAUGUUGCUUGAAAACCA